GGUGGCUAAAAUUCAUAACCUUCAUUAAUUUACAAAGAUUGACAGAGAAGAUGGCCAUUGAAACAUUACCAUUCUAUUUGGCCGGAGCCGCCGAGUCAUGGUUUUUCUCUAUAGACGAUACAGUGAAGCAGUCCCUUACAGCCAUCAAAGAGGCAAUCCACCAACGGUUUCAACCAUCAUCCAGAAACAACCUCCAGCUGAUGGAUGUGAAACAAAAGCAGACAGAAUCGGUGGAGGACUUCAUUCAUCGCGUAACACAGAUGACCACAGAUAGACGGGUGGACCAGGACUGGCUCAUCACUGUCAUCAUGAAUGGCUUAAAACCAGACAUUGGAGCGGACGUUAUAAAGGUGGACCCCAAAUCCCUGGAGGAGCUGAGGAAUGUGGCAGCCCGAGCAGAAGUUGCCGAGCGACGCCGGACCAACUCUCCUGCCCUGCAGGAGAACACUAACCUUGCUCUUUUAAAUGCUUUACAGGAAAUUAGAGACGACAUGAGAGCUAAUCAGAGGAAGUUUCCCCAGCAGCAGCCUCGACGUCCUGGAAAGUCAAAGCAGCAGCAAGGGUACCGACCACCACCUCCUCAGGCUUACCAGCAGUCACCUCCAUGGCCCCAGCAACCACCAACUCAAUGGCAACAACCACCACCACCUGGCCCACACCCUGGAUACAACAGACCACCACAGCCUUACAACAACAAGGAGUAAUCGUCCCAAACCUAUUUGGACCGGACAUUACGUCAUUAAAGGGUCCUCUCCACUGCCAGCGAGUCAGUUCCCCAAACUCAGAUCGUAGCC